AUGGGUAAGAAAGCCGAGAAGAAGAAGCCCGAGAAGCCGCAAGUCCCUGACAACGCGGGUGCACUCGCGAUGGAGAUAGAUUCGGCGAUGUGCUUGGCCGCGCUUGGCCUCACGAGUGAGCAGCAGCAGCAAGAGUUCUUUGCAGACUUCCACGAGCCCUACUGCACCGCCAAGCUCUUCAGCACGCCAGGCUCGCGUGAAACGGAGGGCGACGGUGUGAAGAAGAGUCUCUCGGGCGACUUCGACUCGAUUGCUCGACACCCUUCGACAAUCACUCACGCUGCGUCCUUCGCUGAGAGCAACACGACCGGUGCAAGUGCAGUGCUGAGGACUUUGGUGCCGCGUGACGCCUCUGCCGCCGUGGAGCAGGCGAACAAGAAGACUCCUGCCCGGAAGCCGACAGCCGCUCCGAAGACUGUGAAGUUCAAGGAGGAGGAUUUUGUGAUCCCUCAGCUGUCGGAGGAAGAGCAGAAGAAGUAUGUCAGCUUCUGGCAGCGCUACAAGAGCAGCGAGUGUUUGGAGCCCUCCACUACUGCGGCUGGCAACGCUGACAACGUGCCUGCCCCUCCUGUGCUACGCAGACCGGGCGCUCUGGUGUUUCCUGAGGAGUCGGAAGAACCGGGGCCCUUGCCGCCCUUGCCAACCUCGCUGCAAGUGGCGAACCAAGCUCCUGCAGCACCUCUUCCUGCAGGCACCGCUGCUGCUGUUGCUCCGAAGUUGCUUUCCGCGCCCAGUUCUGCAGCGCCGGCUGCAGCUUUGGCAGGGGCAGUACCGGUUCCGCCAGCAACAACAGCCCAGCUUCAGGUGCCCUGGACGGCUCAGGCUCCACCCGCGGCGGUGGCAGGACUCGUCCUGCUCCCGCCACCGCGCCUAGCAGCAGCACCACUUUGGGCGGGGCCCCCAGCUGCAGCACCGGGUCUUGUCCCGGUUGACAACCAGCCUUCCCCGGCAGUGCUGGUGCAAUCAGAGAUAAAGCAACCUGACCGGGCCACGAUCGCUUCCCAAGAGGCGGCCCCAGCCCCAGCAGACAACCUUGCUGAAAGCCCUGACAAGCGCGACAACACGGUGAUGCCAGAUUCUCUUGCCACUCUGGCAGACAGCUUCGAAGAAGCGACACUGCCUGACGGUGAUACACACAUGGAAGACGGCCGGGGCAAUGGUCUUGCAGACAUGGAUGUGGAUACCAAUGAUGUUUCUGCUUCUCAGCAGCCCGCGGCAAAUGCAGAGCAAUUGGCUCUCAUGUUGCAGCUGAUGACUCAGAAACUGCAGAAACUGCAGCCGGACCAUCCUGCCUUGAAUCAACACCGGGUCACUGAUCCCAGUGCCCAUCUGCAGCUGGCACUGCCGCCAGCAAGCGCACCUGCAACGGUGCCUCCGGCUCCAACUCCUGCCACCCAUUUUUUUCCGCGCGAUGGCGAGCUGUCAACACCGACAGCAACCGAUCCCAGUGCCCAGCUGCAGCUGGCACUGCCGCCAGCAACCGCACCUGCAGCUGCAACUCAGGCUGCAAGCCCUGCGACGAUGGUUUCUGAGCCCGGUGCCCAACAGCUGCCUCUGCCGCCAGCAAAUGCUCCGAUGCCAAUCCCUGCCCCACCGAAUCCCAUGAUGCCACCACCUCCCGCAGCACCUGCCAAAGCAGCACCCAGCUGUGGCCCUCCGCCGAAGGCUCCAUGCAUGCAAGUAGCCCUGCAGCCGCCAUCACCACAGAUGCCGCGGGAUGGUGUCUACAACAGCAGCACACAUCCCACUGAAUGGGCAGCCUAUCGACGUUUCUGUGAGAGGAACGAGUGGGCCGGCGAACUGCGGAGCGGUGGAGAUCGUCGCACGUCCGUGUUUGCUCAGUUCGUGAAAGCCGGCUGUUCUUUGGCUGAGAUAUGUGAUGGCAUGGCCAUGGAGGCCGUUAUGCGGUUCAGCAGGCAAAAGGAAGAGGAAGACAAAGACGCGGGAAAAUAUUAUCCAUGGUGGAAAAUCUUGGAGCUCCACAACAACAACGUUGACUCGGCCAACGCCUUCGUCCUUCGACGGAGGGCUGACGAAAUCGCCAUCACCAUGGGCCUGGACCCCGCUUACGCAGCCAGUGUCGCGACCAUGAUCAGCCACAACCCUUUCGGGAAGCAGCAGUCUGCAGCUGCACUCGGAACUCCGGACACAGCCCAGCCUGUCCCUGCCCCGAAAAACAAUAAGGGCAAGGCCGCACAGCCGGGCGUUAAAACGGAAGCAGACGGAGAGGAAACCGCCCAGCCCAAGAAAAAGGCACGAGCUUCUUUGUUUGUGUUCCAACCAUUUACGACCGAGGGCAGCGACAUGGAGGUGCACAUUAUGGAGGCCUCGCAAGAGGGCUGCAACUCCUUUGUGAAAUCCUGGAUCGGUGCGGCAACGACGGCAUCGGGGCUGGCGGUCCGACUGACCGCAGAGUUGGAGCCUCUGGAGAGCCAGGAGCAGCUGAUCAAUUUCAUCAAUGCGGCUGUUUCGGGCAUCACCGAUGGACGCAAGAAAUUGCAGCAACUGGGGACUGCGCCACAGGCCUCUGAUGUGCAAUCGAUUCUGCUGCAAGUUACCCCGUUCGUGGAAGCCUGGAAGAAGCACCAGAAGACCGCGCAGAGCUUGAGUUCUGACUGCACGAUCCAGGCAGAACGCCGCGAGUCGCAGCCGAAGCGCAAGGGCAAGUCUUCGGAGCACAGCAUGGGCUGCAACAUUGGGAGCCUCUGGUUCCAGACCCCAACACAUCGAACAGAGGCUGCACAGGGCGAUGGAAAGGUUCUGCUGCAGUGUCCCGUCGCCGGGGCGCCUUUGCUGCUGAGGGACCUGAAGACAGACAAGAGAUUGAUGGGGCAAGUGCGCCGCUCUAGGAGCUUCCGUGCUCGCCAGGCUGUUGGGAAGGCGAAAGCCAAAGCACGAGUUGCUGCGCCCAAAAAGAAAUCUCGACUUGUCAAAGAGACCCCUCCUGUGCGCCGGAACUGGCCAGUGUUUCUGCCGCACCAGAUGCUUCAAUCCAUGGUGCGCGCCGGCAUGGUGAACCGCUUGAGUGGUGAUCUCGAUUGGUGUCAAUUCUGGCGCCAGGUCAUAAAAUCGGACCUGUUCGCCUACAAAGACGGGAGGAACCUUACUUUGGAGAAGCUGCAGGAAACCCUAGCGAUGAGCUUGAACAAAUGCAAUUUGCCGGGGGAUGCUUCUACACAGGGCUGGUCUAUGCACUUGGUCGUGCAUAAGGGCGACUGGAAGUUCCGUCGCGAAUGGUUGUGUAUGCAGCGGCACUACAACAACGCCGACUUGAUAUGCCCAAGGUGCCUGGCCUCUGCCCUACCGAAUGCUCAGAAGCCGUGGCUGGAUCCCUGCAGGGAGCGCUUCAACAAUCAAGCCGAUCUCGCGGCGGCGGCUCUGACACGUCUCUUGAAAUUGUCCGUGGAUGCCGUAAGUCUCGAUUUUCCACUGGGCUUUGGAAAAGCCUAUGCAAACCGCGUGAUGGCGGGCCGAAUCUAUGUGGAGACAUAUGCGGCCCUUGCUCAGCAAGCGCUAUUCGAGGGAAGGCCACGCUACAAGAUGCGUCCCAAGACGCAUCAAUUUCAUUGCGAGCUGGUCUUGCGGAUGCUCACUUCAAGAUUAAAUCCAAGAUGGGGCUCGUGUUGGACAGAAGAAGACUAUGUGGGGCAGAUCACAAAGAUUGUGAAGGGCUCCGUACAUUCGUCUUCGAUCUCCCUGCGUGUGUUGCAGCGAUGGCAGCUGCAUUACAACGCGAAGCUUGCAGGGAGCAACUAG